AUGAGAAUUGAUGGAGGGGCAGCAGCAAAAGAAGCAGCAAUAGAAGCCCCGGCGGCAGGUGCAUCGGCAGCAGCAGCAGCAGCUGCUGCUGCUUGCCGCAGCGGAAGAUUCAUGAAGCCCCCAACAUCUCCACCUGCUGCUGCAGCUGCUGCAGCAGCUUCUCCCGCAGCAGCAGGAGCAGCUAGUUCCGCUACUGCUGCUCCCCCGCCUGCUUCCCCUGUUGCUGCAGCAGAAGCAGCUAAUUCUGCUGCAGCAGCAGAAGCAGCUGAUUCCGCAGCAGCAGCAGAAGCAGCUAGUUCUGCUGCUGCAGCAGAAGCUGCGAGCUCAGACUCCGAGUGGACGGACUUGUCUUCAGUCACAAGCGAGAGCAGCAGCAGCAGCAGCAGCAGCAGCCGCAGCAAGGGCUGCAGCAGCAGCAAGCAGCAGCAGCGCAGCAAAAGGCACAUCAGCAGCAGAUUCGCGUGGAGCUGCCUCAACUCGGUUUCUGCUGCUGCAGACAGUCCAGCGAGCAGCAGCAACAGCAGCCCAACAGGAGCAGCAGCAGAAGCAGCAGCAGCAGCAGAAGCAGCAGCAGCAGCAGCAGAAGCAGCAGGACCGUGCGCAGUGCUGAACCCGAUUGACUACGGCUUUGGGCCCUACAGCUGGUCCCCGGACCGCCUGUCGACAGCAGCAGCAGCAGCACCCGCAGCAGCAGCAGCAGCAGCAGCAGAGUCCGAUGCAGAGUCUCUGUGGGGAGACUACGAAACCAACAGCUGGGGCCUCGAUUUAGAUUCGCUGCUGUCAGAUGCAGCAGCAGAUGCAGAAAUGGAAAUUGCUGCAGCACAAGGCCUCAACGUGCCCCUGCCAAACAUCCUGGCUCGUCGUUUCACGGCUAAGUGCUUCCGUUUCAUUUUGCAUUAG